CGUCGUUGUCUGCUCGCUGUGUGUCUGGGCUUUGAGCCUCCCUGCCUCAUUGUUGUGUAAAGUUCAAAACACAAUCUGCUGAUGGCCUCUCCCGGGACGUCACUAUGGAACUGAGAAUACAAGUAGUACAGCUCCACAGAUUACGUCGGGAGAGCUUAUAUAUAGAUUCAUCCUUGGAAGUUCACCAGCAACAUCGCCAGCUAGAGUCUGUCAAACACAUCAUACAGAGACAUGUCAGCCUACCAAAAGCUCGCGCUACGCGUCCGCUCGCUAUCCUUGAUCAACGUGAGUACCCAGAAGAAGAGCAAUUCUACUGACGUCGUUAUGACGUCAGUUCUUGAAGCUCGCCAGAACAAAAAUCCAUCACUUCGAACCUCCCCACAUUUCUCUUUCUUCAACACUUCAUACAUCUCGCAUCAAAGAUACAAACCCCCAUCGACGUAUGCAACAUACCAUGGCUUCUAAAGGUUUUACCAUCGACUUCUCCGACAAGUGCAUCAUCAUCACUGGGGGAAACCGCGGGAUCGGAUACGCGUUCAGUCGCGCUGUUGCUGGUGCUGGUGCAUCAGUGGCAAUUAUUUACAGGAGUUCCGAAGAUGCGCCUAAAGUUGCUGAGGACCUUAGCAAAGAAUUUGGCGUGGAAGUCAAGGCUUAUCAGUGUGACGUAUCCGAUGCAAAGAAGACGGAUGAAACAUUUUCUAUCAUCGAGGAAGAUAUUGGUCCGGUGACAGGGCUUAUUGCAAAUGCCGGCGUUUCCGUAGUGAAGCCUGCGCUCGAGCUGACCAGCGAAGACUUCCACAAAGUGUACGGUGUCAAUGUCCUUGGUGUAUUCAACAGCACCAAGGCUGCGGCAAAACUGUGGAUCGACAAGAAGCACGGUGGUUCGAUCGUUAUUACCUCCUCCAUGAGCUCACAUAUCAUUAACCAAAUCGCGCCAAAUAAGCCGUUGACCCAGGUCUUCUACAAUUCAUCCAAGGGUGCUGUGUCCAUUCUCAUGAAAGGGUUGGCCGCGGAGUGGGCUACGCAUGGCAUUAGAGUGAAUGCACUGUCCCCCGGUUAUGUGAACACGGAUCAAACCUCUGGUAUGGAAGCCCGCGUUCGCGAGCAUCAGGCGAAGACCGUUCCGCUCGGACGCUUCGCUGAGCCGCAUGAGAUGACAGGUCAGGCUGUGUUGCUUCUAUCCGAUCAUGCCAGUUACAUGACCGGUGGAGAGUAUUUUGUUGACGGUGGUCACCUCAUUUGGUGAACUGUGAAAUCCUCAACGAGCUUUGGUUUCGAGCUUUGGUACGUACUGAGAUAGAGUUUCAAGUGGCCGUGCGACAGGGAGUCGCGGAGGAUCAAUUUGCAUGGACAAUUGAAUUGUUCUAUGCUUUCGAUGUGUGGUGGACUUCAGUUGGGAGAAUGAAGCAACGACAGAGAUGUAAUUUAGCACGUAGGGCGAAAUACACAGUUUGACGAAUGAAAC